GAUGUGAUGUGUUAAACGCAGUGUUUGCAGAACAAAGUUAAAGUUGAAACAUUAAGGUCCAAAGCAACCACCGAUGCCUGAAACGAGUGAACAGAAAAUGAAAAUGGGUUCGUCGAAGCGCAAAUCGUCCUUCCGGAUUGAUGACAUACUGCACCAGCAGCGCGUGGAACAGCAGAAUCUGCUCUACCAGUAUCAGCAUGCUGGCCGGAUGGCCGGUGCCAGCACCACGGCCAGUGAGACCGGCUCAGUACACUCGGCGGGACAUGUUAGCACGGGCGGCAGUUACAGCAGUACCCUGCAGAGUCAUACCGUCGUGCCGGAUUGCAGUAGUACACCGCCGGGAUCGCCCGUCCUUCCGUCACCGCUAGCCGUCAGUGUGCCGAGUACUAAUAAUGGUGGUGGGGGCUCGGUACGGUCGGAAUCGCCCAAAAAGCCCACCGCCAUGUAUCCGGGACUGCUGGACUUUUCCAAAAACGUCAUACCGAUCCCGCUACAGUUCGGCAUGCCGGCGUUCAAUCCGCUCAAUGCCGCCUACCUGGAGCAUUACGCGAACGUGUUACACAAAGCAUCACCACGUGUUUGGCCGUUCUAUCCACACCCGUACAGCUAUCUACUUCCUACCUGCGGCUCCAAGCGUAAAGGUGGCCAGGUCCGGUUCACGCCCCAGCAGACGCAAAGUUUGGAGAAGCGGUUCUCCAACCACAAGUACCUGUCGCCGGAAGAUCGUCGAAAUCUGGCGAUUCAGCUAAAGCUAAGCGAUCGACAGGUCAAAACAUGGUUCCAAAACCGACGGGCUAAAUGGCGAAGGGCCAACAGCGGUUGCCAAUCGACGGACGGCCAUGGAACGUCGGACGGUAUGGGAGAUGUGACAGUGAAAAUGUCAUCCGGUACGGGUACUACUGGAGCUUCGAACCGGGCGCCAAAAUACUCCAGCGAAAACGAGGAAGAUGAUGGUGGCGAUGAAGGUGGUGUGCCGAGGUUCCGUGGCCGUAGGACUUCCUCCUCGAUGGAUAGCUAUUCGGAGCGCGGUUCGAGCGAAGAGCGGGACGAUGAGGAUGACGAUCCUGCGGCACCGAUCGAUGUAAUAUAGUGCCCGGGUUUUGCUGUGUCGUGCAAUCCUCCCGUUGAGCAUACGUUUGCUGUGUGAAUUCGAAUUAAGCAUGUGACAGAGAAUGCCUAGCGUUACGUUAGAUAGCCAGUGCUCUAGUGGUUCUGUAAGGUGAACUGAAUAAAUGUAAGAAUAGCCGUUACCUUUAAAAGCUUUAAAA